AUGUAUUCAAAUAAUGAUCCUCUGACCAUUAACCUUUUGAGGUUACUAAAUAUAAAAGACUGUGAUUAUCAUAAAUCUCCUGAUAAAAGGAAUGGAACUCAACGAUUCCAAAUAGUGAUUGCGCCACCAGCGGUGUAUCUCGACCAGACUCGUCAGUCAGUCCGCAAGGAAAUCGGUGUGGCUGCGCAAAACGCGUACAAUGCAACUAGUGGAGCUUAUACGGGGGAGAUCAGCCCCGAAAUGUUAAAAGAUAUUGAUAUCGAAUGGGUAAUCUUGGGUCACUCUGAACGUCGAGAAAUUUUUAAGGAAUCCGACGAAUUUGUCGCUUCAAAAGUCGCGCAUGCCCUGAAAGCAGGGCUGAAGGUUAUUGCCUGUAUUGGCGAAAAGCUCGAAGAGCGCGAAAGUGGGACCACAACCGAUGUCUUGAGAAGGCAGCUUUCUGCGAUCUCCAAUAAAGUCACUGAUUGGACAAAUGUUGUGAUCGCGUAUGAGCCGGUUUGGGCUAUUGGCACAGGAAAGGUUGCAACGCCUCAACAGGAAGCCCACGAGUUUAUUCGAAAGUGGUUAAAGGAAAAUGUAUCCGAAGAGACGGCUCAAAAAACGCGUAUCAUUUACGGAGGGUCUGUUAACGCCAAAAACGCGCCAGAACUUGGAAAACAACCGGAUGUUGAUGGAUUCCUCGUGGGUGGUGCUUCAUUAAAACCGGAAUUUGUCACCAUCAUUAAUUGUCCGCUGGAAUCUUUGAUGAAAGAUUCCAACGAUUCUAAUUUUAGCGGCCACUUCUCGAAUGAGUACCGUAAUGAACGAUUCGUCUCUUGUAUGGAAAAGUCAGAAGAGGUCACGGCGAUUGAAGAAACGUGA